AUGGUCAAAAAUAUAAUUAUCAUUACCCUUACCGCACUGGUAGCCCCGAUUAUAUUGGCCGUUGAGCCUAUAGGUCCCGAUCCCACGAAACUACACGACUGUGUCGUAAAAGCCCGCAAUGAUUGGGGUAUAAGUGUUACGACUGGCCACCAGAUGGAUAAGUGGUGUUGCUUUCAAUGGCAGGCCUACGAGUGCCAAAUGGAGCUAGGUGAUACGUUAACCGAGGAUGAUAAGCAAGCAUUUACAACAUCGCAAAAGGCUAUACAUUUGCAACUGGAAGCUGAUUGUACUAAUUAUCCAGCUAACACCAUGCUCAAACAUAUCAUAAUUAUGAUCAUUACGGCACUGGUAGCCCCAACCAUACUGGCCGUUGAGCCCAUAUGUCCCGAUCCCACAAAAAUUCACGAAUGCGUGACUAAAGCCCGCAAUGAUUGGGGUAUAAGUAAUACGACUGGCCAUCAAAUGGACAAAUGGUGUUGCUUUCAAUGGCAGGCCUACGAGUGCCAAAUGGAGCUAGGUGCAGUCACAGAAAUUUAA